UGCCUCGUCAUUACCGAAGAUAUAGUCCGCUAAAUUUUUCGGAGCCAGUGGGACUACAAACGGGCCCCGCAUAAGGCAGCGUUCUUUUUUUUUUCUUUUCUUUUUUUUUUUGGGUGGCAGACGGACUGACGGAGGGAAGUGCUUCCUGAUAAUGAGGAGGUGCGUCUUAUUUCCAUUCCACUGAUUGACUGCGCACGGCUUCCACCGCCAAGAGCUGCGGGCAUUGACGCAUUGUGGAGUCGACAACAGGGAGGGGGCGAGCAUCGCAAACCCCCGGCUUCGCCACACAUCGGAGGCAUCUCUCGGCGUAACCACCGCGAUGGCCCUGGUGCAGCUCGAAACGGGGGACCACCAGCCGGAGAACGGCUUCGUGACCCCCGAAACCGCGGCUCCGGAGCUGCUGACGCUCAUCGACGCGUCCGUCCUGCCGUUUCUCGGGGGGUUUGGGAAAUACCAGAAACAUCUGAUCAUGCUGACAUGGCUCCCGGCGUUGUUUAUCGGAUUCAGCCAGUUCUCCGACAAUUUCCUUCUGGCGCAGCCCAACAGCACAUGCAUCGAGCCCCAUGCGAACGCGACUCGGCACACUGCGGAUCAUUCAUCGCUGCUGGACGGCAUGAACAUGAGCGCCCGGCCAGCUCCUCUGUAUGCCGGUGGGAAUUACAGCGGUCACAAUGACAACGUGCAGUGCAACUGCAGUAAGUGGACAUUCGAGCUGCACACAGGACUCGCGGAGAACGUGGUUACCAAGUGGGAUCUGGUGUGUGCCAAUGCAUGGAACGUCCAUAUUGCAAAGUUUUCUCUGUUGGUGGGAUCCAUCUUUGGAUAUCUCGUAUUUGGGAUACUGGCUGACUGGUUUGGUCGACACCCAGUGCUGAUCACAUCAGUGCUGUUUACGCUGGUGUUUGGUCUGACAGUGGCCUUCUCUGUCAAUGUCAACAUGUUCAGCACCUUGCGUUUCUUCGAGGGCUUCUGCCUCGCAGGGAUUUUUCUUUCUCUCUAUGUCCUGAGGAUUGAGCUGUGCCUGCCAAGAUGGCGGUUUUCCAUGACCAUGGUGGCCAGUUUUGUGGUUUUGGGUGGUCAGCUCCUCAUGCCCGGAGUGGCGUACCUCUGUCGCGACUGGCAGGUACUUCAAGCUGUCAUCAUCUGUCCCCUGCUGCUUAUGCUGUCCUACAUUUGGAUUUUCCCUGAGUCGUUGCGUUGGCUGCUGGCAACCCAGCAGUACGGACGGUCCAAAUGGAUCAUGGGACACAUAGCAAAGAAGAAUAAUGUGAACACUGACUUUGAUGUCGAUAACAUCCUCACAGAACUACAAAAUGCUCUUCAAAAGAAGCCCAAAAGGACGUGCAUCGUGAAAAUGGCCGGCACGAGGAACCUGUGGAAGAACAUCGUCGUCCUCUGCGUCAACUCGCUAACAGGCUAUGGGAUCCACCACUGCUUCGCCCGGAGCAUGAUGGAUCCAGACUCUUCAGAAACCACCAUUUUCCACGGCUUCUAUGCAGACUAUUACACUAAGGCAGCUAUAGCGAUGGCAUCGUGCGCAGCGCUGUGCCCGGCAGUGGUCUAUAUGGGCCGGCGUGGUGGGCUUCUGAUGUUCAUGAUCAUCACCGCGCUAGCAUCGCUGCUGCAGCUGGGCUUGCUGAACUUGCUUUGGAAGUACAGCGAACAUCUAAAUAUAGCACAAAGCUCCGAUACGCUAAAUGAGAAGUUCUCAAUCGCCUUCUCCAUCAUCGGUAUGUUCUCCUCCCACGCAGUCAGCCACCUGAGCAUCUUCUUCUGUGCUGAGAUCACUCCCACUGUGAUCAGGGGCGGCGGUGUGGGCCUCGUACUGGCCAGUGCUGGCUUCGGCAUGCUCACUGCACCGAUCAUGGACCUGCACAAUCAAAAAGGCUACUUCCUCCACCACAUCAUUUUUGCCUGUUGCACCCUCAUUUGUAUCAUUUGCAUUCUUCUUUUGCCCGAGACCCGUUCCCUGACGCUCCCUGAGACCAUUGCCGACGGCGAGAACUACACCCGUCAGUCGAUGCUCCUGAGGAGACCGGCAGAACAGCAUCAUCUGCUCCAACCGCCGGAGGGCAACAGGGACUACCCCAAAGUGCAAGAUACACCACUUCACGAGGCGGUCAACGCUGCCUUGUCAACCAUUGACUCCACUGCCUCUUCGGCUAUUGAUUUGCCUACUCUGGCGGCUGGAGACAUGUCUGGUCUCGUUAGUGUGAAGGAGCAGCCAGACCACCCUGAGCCACAAGACCCUAGUGGUCUCCCCUCCACUCUUCCACCGCCAGUCUCUGCAGUGGCCCGGGAUAACGAUGGCAGCAUACAAGCUAAAAAAGAGAACCGUCUCUCCUCCAGUCCUUUACGCAAAACCCCGUCCAUCACGGAUCCACUUUUGGCCGAAGAACUUCUGACGGUUCGGCAAUCUGCAGAUCCACAAACAGAAAGUAUCCAUCUUGAAAUAAACGACACGGCUCCUUCUCCUAAGAGCGACGAUGGCUCUGGAACGGCUGCUCCACCUGGCUCUUCACCCCCUGUCGUCCCCCAAACAGCACCCCCCACCUCGUUGAUUUGCACAACGCCCGUCAUCGAGCCCCGUCCUGCCUCCACGCUAGAGUCUCCGAGCUUGCUGGACAAUGACAUCGACGCGACCAUCGCAACGUCCGAGCCGUCAGUAUUUGAGGAGGCUCCUGGUAUUUUAGGAGACUUACUUUCACCGUCUAUGCAUGACAGCCUUCCUCCACCCCCUGUUCCCUCUCCUGUUCCAGCGACAGACUUGGACACUCCAGUCCAACCUCCGCCCUCCAUUUCCCCACACUCUGGUACUCCCCUCCCAUUAGAAAAAGUAGAUGAAAGUGCUCCUCAUAUUAGAAACUCACAGCCACCUCUUUUAGAUCUGGCACCCUACAAUGGUAGAGAUUUCUCGUCUCAUUCCUCUACUCCUCCCGGUUCAUUCCCUGUGUCACCAAGGCGCACACACCCCACACAUAGUGACUCAGACCACAUACCCUUAGCGGACCUUUCCUCUGUCAACACUACGACAAGAAAUCCGCCUGUCCUCCCUGUCACAGACAUUGUGAGUAGCUCAACUCCAGAAUCAGCCACAAACAUUGUACAAGAGUCUGCCAUUUCUCAAAACUUAGAUUCUGUACAGUCCAAUUCUAACGUAGAUUUAGGCCCUGUUGAGACAGCCCCCUUCUCUCUCAUGGACAGCACCGUGUCCUCCCCCAUAGACUCUGGUGUCCUAUCUACCAUGGAAAGGGAGACCUCCAGCGCAGAAAACACUGUCAACAGUACAACUUCGACAUGAUUCAGUGUCACAGCCAAAAAAAAAAUACGAAAAAAGAAAGAAAAUUAAGCUUUACGUGUUGUACCAGGAGGCAGCCACCUACAUCCAGACUGUUCCAACUUGGAUUGGAGUAAACUUGUCUUACAUGAGCUGCUUUAUGUUCCUCAGUGCUUCUCCAACCUUCCUCGCAUCAUUGUGGAUUUCGCCAAUAAAUGAGAACACACGCGUGAGAGAUGGUUCGUGACAAUGUAGUUGGCAGCAAUGGCAAUAUCUGCUCUUCAGGAACAUGACUGGAAAUCACCAGCGUAUAAAAGUACUUGAUUUUUAAGAGAAAGGACAACUUGGGGUGAGAGAAAGGAGGGGAAACCACUGUCAUUUCCAAUGCCCACGAUUACAGAGAUGCCAUCAGCUCCAGUGAAGAAAAGAAAAGCCAACAACAAAAAGAUACCGCUGGUACCUUUGCUUAGAUAAAAUGUUUUUUUAUCCUUGUAGACUAAAGUAUAAUAACAAUUGGCCUCACAAAUGGAAAAAGAAAUUGGAAUUUUACAAACUGCUUUUGUUGCUGUAAAUGUAAAUUAUUUAAAUUGGAGACUUUUUUCUGUUUUUUUUUUUUUUUUUUUUUACCAAAUACACAAACCAAAAACUGCCCUAACCAAAAUGAACGUAGAUGUAGUGCCAAAAAUAUACAUAGCAGUACCAUGUUUUUCCUGUUGGGGGAGAAAUCCAUGGGAAAACUCUGAAGAGAAUGUGAAGUUGAAAUCACGCCUUGUCGGAUGCUGGGUGACUGAGUUUGUUUACGUGCCAAUUUUCUCACGACUUCUUAGCUCUAAGGCUGUUUUCUAAGCUGGAACCAGACAUGUCUCUUCUCAGCCUCAUAGUUUCGUGAUUCUAAUGAGGGUCUUGACCCUAAAAUUGUGUCUCAGCAAAUUUUGUCUUGGCAAAGUAAAUGAUAAAUAUGCCUAUCCGCUGCGUUCUAUAAACAACCUUUUUUUACGUAUCUCCUGCACCAUGAAAUCCACAGACAACUAUAUUUAGUUGAAGCUGCUCUAGCUGAUAUACUUUGUUUAACAAACCAAGAAAAGGGAUGGGAUUUUGAAGUGAGUCAGGUUUCAGUACAACACUGGCUCCUUUGUUGCCGACUCCCUUAUGAGACUUGAGGCAAGUUCAUUGGGUUUGACCAUAUUGCUAUUGCUGAUGGUUUAACUUGAUUUUUUUUUCCUUCUUUGGAGACAUUUAUUUAUCUCUAAGAAAUAAAUCUACCAUCCUCUUCUCUGCAAGAUUUGAUGGUUUUUACCAACAACUUUGCCAAAGCAAUCACAGAAAGGCACAGCUAAAAAAAAAAAAGAUUGCAUUCCCAUCCCAACAUGAAAAUCCAAUUGUGGCGUAACUUCACUAUCUUUUUUUUUUUUCCCCCUUCCCCAAAAUUCUUCUCAGUUCACUUAAUGAUUACAGAGGAAUACUGCUAUGUGUAGAAGUGAGAGAAAACUGAGCGAAACAGCUUAUUUUAGCAUGUGGUUCAGUAGUUUUUGUGGAUCGGGAACAACUUUUGAUUUCGGAGUUGUUUCAGCCAGUGAAAAUAAUUGUAUGCAAAUGCUUUUUUUUUUUUUCUUUUUUUUUUUUUUCUAGAUAUGAUCAUGUUGGUAAAUUAGUUAUUGAGCUUAACUUGUUUUUUUGUUUUGUUUUAUAAACUCCAAAAGUAUUAUUUUCUAAACUCUCCCUGCUGUGCCCUUAAUGUACAGAGCUAUACAUCCUUAUUACAGUAUUCGUGACACCUUAAUGUGGUGGCACUUUAUUAUUGUGCAGUGGGGACAAAGCAUGAAAUUUAUUGUGAAAGUGUCAACAAAACUGUUAAAUCUUAAAGAAAAAAGAAAAAAAGAAAAAAAAAGAGUUGUCCAAAAUGUUUGAUGCGAUUGCCAAUCGUUGCUGCAUUGAUAACCUAGUGUGUGUGUGUGUGUGUGUGUGUGUGUGUGUGUGUGUUUUUUCCAAAUCAUGUCCUGGCAUUAACAUGGUAUGUCAUUGUUCUCUUGCAUACAUAUUUGCACAUACACAUGCACAACCUACUCUUAAAACAAUACAGUACACUACACAGAAUGACAUUUUCCAAAUUAACUUAAAGAUUUUGACAAAAUGGAACGUUCUAUCUCAUGGAAGCGCUUUUCCUUCCAAAGCCCGAGUCCGCAUUCGGACGGCAGCCUACUUGACUUAAACAUGCGUGUAACUUGACAGUUGUAGUACUUCUUGCUUUUGAAGUUGUAAUACUUGUGUACAGGAGGAUGUGUGACUGUGGAUGUACUACUGUUUACAAGCCUCACAAUAAUCGUUCAGUAAUAAUAAUAAUAAUAACAGCAGUAAUAGUGCCGUACUGUAUAACUUCUAAAGACAGACAAUGUCUUGUGAUCUGAACCGUGAUAAAACUCAGUAGAUCAGGGAUGUGUGGAGGUGAUCUGUUAAGGUUUCAUUCAGGAUUCAAGUCCUUUACCCGACCUAUAAAAUGUUCUGUUAUCACAUGAGAGACCUGUGAAGAGCCUUGCAGACACUUUGCUCACUGCUGCAAAUGCUACAUAUCUUUGGGUGUUUGAAUGAUUGAGCAAACCUCAAAUGUUUCUUAAAUGUUCUUUGAUGUAGUGAAGAAAAAUAAAAAAAAAAGCUCACUCUGAUUGAUUUGUGGCAGCCUAAUCUCAGAUUGUUUCAUUGUCAAUUUACCUGAGAUGGUCAAGUGGUUGUUUCAUGUCGGAUACAAAUUGUGUACGCCGUGUUCAAUGCUGCUAGACGUCACAAGCACAAGGAGCUGCAAUCGUUUAUAGAUCGGCGUAUUUAGACUUUAAGUAAAAGGGAAUUUAGAUUUGGUUUUGGGAGACGACGUAGGAGCUACUAGUCACACGUUAACUUUUUACAGUAGAUUUCCGUGUUUGUGAGCGGGUUGACGCCUCAGUUGGCUCUGAGUCUGCAAUGUGUGUGUUAGUAUAUAGCUUGGUGUGCAUCCAAAAUGAAACGUCAUAUACUUGAAACCCAAAUGCAAAUCCUGAGUACAAACAAUAAACGAAUAAGAAUAAUAAUCAGUAACACAGCACAACACUGGUACUGUCUCCUCUGACAUCUGUUACUUCACUUUCUACCAUGCAGCUAUCUCAGUGCAGAGAGGAUAGAUUACAUUGCUUUUUUUCCCCCCCUAAAAUAUGCACCUAUAUUCCAAAUGUGUAAUUUUUAUUUGCUUUAGUUUACUUUUAAUUUCAAGUCCAAUGAAAGCAAUGCAGAGCAACGACAGCACCAGCGACUAUGGUAUAGGGCUGACAUCUAUUGUUGGAAAGAUAAGAUGAAGGAUCACAAAUCAAUGGAGCGGUGAAUUUGUUUUGUACCCAGCUGAUAAGCCUCCAGAGGUAUGAAGUACCCAGUACAUUUCAGGUUUUGCUUCUCUCAGUUGAGCAACUCAAAAUCUCUCUGUCGGGAGAUUCAAAUGAAUGUAAAAAAAAAAAAAAAAAAAAAAAAAAAAAAAUACCUUGGAUUGUACAUUUAUAAGUAUCACUUGUCUGAUUUCAUUUUGUUAUUUUAACAGACAUAAUGCACUUGUACAUAAGCCAUACAUGUUGUUGAAAUAAACCACUAUUUAUUGAUGAAA